UGAUAACUCAUCUACUUCUUCAGAGCUGUUGAUUGAAAUAACAGCUGCGUUUCAUCAGGAUCUUUUCUUACCACUGCACGUACACAGAGCUUUAUUAAUAGCGUUUAGUUUGUCAUUAGUUUACAUAGCCACCGACCUAAGCUAACUUACAGCUGUCAGUCUUUCAGCUAUGGAACGAAGCAAAGAGUCCGACGGGCUGACUGAUCUUCAGAUUGAAAUGAUCCGCAGUUCAUGGGAAAAAGUCACACCCAACAAGAAGCACCAUGGACAGCUGUUAUUUCACAAGUUAUUUGAGAUAGCGCCCGAAAUGACAGACUUAUUUCCCUUCGGUGACGACUUCACAAAGCCCCAGUUCACCACGCAUGCCUUAAAUAUUAUGAACGCUCUAGAUCACGCAAUACAAAAUUUGGAUAACCCUGAUGUACUUAUACCCAAGUUGAGAGAACUGGGCCAGAUGCAUGCAGGGUUUGAGUUGACUAUCAAAGAAUUUCAGCACGUCGGCGAGGCCCUAAUAUGGGUUCUAGCGACGGGCCUGGGAGACGACUUCACACCACAAUUGAGGACAGCCUGGGGCGAUGUUUAUGCUAUAAUCACUGACGUCAUGUUAGGUGCUAUAAAGGACGUCAAUGGAUACUAAUAAACAUCCCGUGAAUGAAAACAAACAAGUACAAUAAUCCUCAAGGUCAUGUACAAGGAUUUGCUUUAUGAUCUCCAAUGGCAAUUAAGAUGCAUAGUGAUUUCAUGUAAAAUGGUAUUGCAGAUUAUUUCAUGGCAAAAGGUGUAUUCAAUGAUGGUCCAAGACCUUUCACAAAAGCUAAAUUAAUCCACUGAGGAUGUGUUAGGAGAUUUACAUGUAAUAGCGGUCAUGAUUUGAACAGCUGCUUACAGAAAUUUAUUGAUAUAGUAAAUUGUAUUGAGGGAUCGUAACAUCUGCUGUAGAGUUUUACUUCAAAGCCUUAGCCCUAGAAAGCUGUAUCUUGUAGCAUUUUUGUUUUGAUUAAAUUUGUUUAUUAUACAACAUCAUCGUAACAAAUUAUAACAAAAAUUUUGAUACUCAGAGUAAAAGAAAUUUCUACACAAUAGAUUUGUAAUGACAAUGAUGAUAGUCAACAUUACUGAAUAACAAACAAACAAACAAACAUUUAAGAUAGCUUUAUACAAAAGUUUGAAACUAUUAAUUUAAUUAGAAUGACUAUUGUAUUUGUGUAACUAACAGAAUGCAAUAAAAUUCCUAUUUACAUUA